AUGUGGAACCGGAGGGGGAGGCCACCGCUCCACCCCUUCUGGGACUUCCUGCGUGAGCUUGGUGCACAACCUGGACAGGGCAGGCCUCCUGCCGUGAGGCCCGUUUUCCAAGGUGGCUUGACCAUUGACGGCGCGGACCUCUACCGACGUGCGCGAGCGGCUGCCCGUAAAGCUGGAGGUUGUGAUGGUUGGACUGGCAAGCUCUGGGCCGCUUUGCCACGUCAGUUCUUUGACAAGCUAGCGGGCAUUUGGCAACGUGUCUUGGAGGGCGCCGACAUUCCGGCCCCAUGGUUGCAAGUGAGUUGGGAGCGAGCGCUCGCCCAGCUCACUUCGUGGGCCUCUCGUGCUUUUCCUGUUGAGCUGUGUGGCGGAGUGUCGGGCCGGGACACCUCUGAUGUCCAUGCUGCCCUCUGCCGAGACAUGUUUGUGCAGAGACGCGGAGGCCCUCUUGCUGGCUGCAAGGCGGACAUUCGCAAGUGCUUCGACACGGCAUCGCCGACUCUUGCUGCCGAAGCUUUCCAAUGGUUGGGUGGCCCACCGGUCAUAGCUGCACUGCUGGAGCGUUUUUACCGGAGCCAUGAACGCUGGAUCACGAACCAGUGCUUCGUCGCGCCUCGUCCGGUUAAGGAUGCGGCGGCACUUCAGGGAUGCCCGCUGUCCCCGCUCAUGCUGAACUGCCUUAUGGCGGUGUGGUGCCGCACGGUUCGCCUUCGUUCUCCGGAGAUUAGGUUUGCGCUUUUUCUUGACGACAGGACUUUGUGGAACCGUGGAGCCCGGCCAGCCGCGCAAGUGCAUCAGGCAAUGUUGGAAGGCGGACGGGCUGACGCCGUCAUGGGGUUCACGCUCCAUCCUGACAAACUGGAGUCCUUCGGCACUUCUCAUGGCACUCGUGAGGCGCUGUUUGCAGUUUCUGACGUGGUCGGGAUUCCCCAGGUGACCUUCACGCUGCUUGGAGUCAAGUACAACGUGGACCGCGCUGACCCGGUUAACGCUGGCGUCCUCACUGACAAGCUUGUGCGCCGAUGCAGGCGCAUUCGUUGGGCUGGGCCUACCGUGAAGCAGCGAGUGUUCCUUGUGGGCAUCAUGGUGAUUUCGCUUUUUCGAUGGUGCGCACCGUGGGUGAGGUUUUACAAACACAACCUGCAUAAGUGGCGCACCCACAUCGAAUCUGCUGUUUGGGGCCGCGCCCCCCCUCCGGGCAGAUCUCCGGCCAUUUUCUGGUCGGCUUUAGCUACGGUGAGCCUUCAUCCCGAGUUUGCUCUGACUGAGGCCACUUUGCUUAGCGAAAGGAAACGGCUCCGCGACGGCAGACACUUGGCUAGGGCUACGCGCACUUUGGCUGCUUUCAAGGAGAUGGGCCGGACAGUGGAGGGAGAUGUGUGGAGCACGCCGCAUGGACCCUUCCAUCCUGGCCAGGUUUCCCAGGCCUUCCUGCGGAGGGCGCUUCGUGAUGAUUGGACUCGUCGUCUUCUCCUUCGUGAUCCUAAAGUCGCGGGGCAGCAGGUGGCAGAGGAUUUUGUGCUCAGCUUUCACCAGAAGGAGGUUCACGCCACCAACUGGGCAGGUCUUCGAGUGCUUGCGGCCGCGGUGGUGGACAGCAGAGUGUUGGCAAGGCGACGGUGUGCUUUACCUUGUGUCUGUGGUGAGCAGGGGCCGUCCCACACUCACGUGACAUUCGACUGCGAGGCCCGACCGUGGACGGCUGCGAGACGCACUGCAGUCGAGCGCCGGAUGCUGGUGCCCCUGGGACUGGUGGCCCCCGCUUUCGUCGACGGCGACGUGGAGGCGAGCAUCGAGGAGGUUGUGCGCUACGUGCAGCGGCUCCCCCUCGACUUUGACAUCGUGAUUGCCACUGACGGGGGCUGCCUGGUCCAUCCUGGCCUGGAUGCUCACCAGAGGGCAGCUUGGGCGGUGGUCUUCUACGAGGGCGCUUGUUUUUCUGGGCUGGUGCCAGGACCGGAGCAGAUUGCUGCGGCCGACGAGCGGACUGCUCUCCUGAUUGUGGCGGUGGCACUGACUCGUGGCAAUCGUCAGGGCAAGCUCCUCAUUGACAACUUGCCCGGCUUCACGCGGGGAGGUCCAGGUGUGAGGCGGGCGACCCGUGGGAGACAUGGCGAUGCAUCGCCGGCGCUUGUCAACUGA